AUGAAGGAACUGGAUGAGCGUUCUCUAUACAAAUUCAACUGGUAUGAUUGUCAGCAGGAAAGAUCUAGUAGUGAGGGUCAGAGGCAGGGAGCAAUUUGCCCAUUUCAAAAAAAAGAAAAAGAAAAAAGUUCAAUUUUAAGUUUAAAACAAGCUUUUCAGCUUGCUCAAUUUAUUGGCAUCACUUUCAAUCGAUUUCAUUUACAAAAGAAGAAAAAAAGAGAAACCAUCCCAAUGAGUCAGAUAUUUUAUUUGAAAAUAAUGAUUAGAGAAAAACUGUUGCAAGCAAACACAUAUACAUCUGCAACAAUUCGGUACAUACGAUUAAAAGUGUACAUAACAGAUUCUCUAUAA